CUCUUAUCGUCAACUAACAUCUCUUGGCAAUCUACCUGAGGAGUACUCACUCAUUCAGCAGCUUCCUAUCAAAACAUCACAAACAAGUCUCCAGUAUCAAGUUGCCCUGUCUCAAGACACAAUGGCUGUCAGAGGUGAAGACAAGACUGAUAAAGAGACGCCAGUGAGACAGCGGAAAGCUCACAAGAAGUCUCGCCUCGGAUGUAAGAACUGUAAACUGAGAAGUGUAAAGUGCGAUGAAUCAAAACCAUCAUGUAAACGCUGUACCUCAUCAGGCUUCGUCUGCUCAUUCACUCAAACAUCCCCCUCAUCCUUUCAACUCGCCCACCAGAGCGCAGGACCAGUCUUCUCAGUGGUCGAUAAGUCUCUGGGUCCUAUCAACCCUGGUUUCAGAGUCCCCGUCAUCCAGCCUGUAAAGGGCGGUGUCGGUGAGAUUGUGCUAGACGACGCUGCCCUGGCGGCCAUUGAGAGGUUCAGACUAAGGACGGUGUUCUCUGUUGGAACCCAGAGGACGAGAAGUGUUUAUAGCGAGGGGGCGUUUCUGCUAGGGUUAAAGCACCCUUUUCUCAUGCAUGUCUUUGUUGCUCUGGCUCUUCUUCAUGAUCAGCAUCUAAACCCCUGCCAAACAUCCUCUCACCGUACAGCCCUCGCCUUCCACUGGUAUCAAGCGACAGCCCUCUUCCACCGCCGUCUCAUGGCAGCAGGUUCAGCCCCCGACCCGUCGAAACUCUCGGGCUCUGAACGUGAUUCCCUCUGGGCUUCAGGAGCACUCCUCGGCGCAGCUUCAAUGGCUCUUUUAGAUGCUGAAGACGUGUAUGGAGUAUGGCCGCUCAAGAAAUCCGACUCUCUUGAUCUUGACUGGUUGAGAAUGAGCGAUGGGAAGAAAGUCGUAUGGAAUAUUGCUGAUCCGACGAGAAAGGAUAGUAUUUUCCACCAGUUGCUCAAGGAGCGGGAUGGCCUGCCUGAUGGAUCUAAGGCUAUUCCGCCCGACGCCCUUCCGAGUAUAUUCUACGACGCAUUCGACAUUGGGCCGUCUUCUACAGUUGUAAAUAACCCAUAUCAUGUCGCUACGUCGUUGCUCGCACAGUUACUCCCCCGAAAGAUCGACGAUAAUACAGUGAUCCAGUUUCUCACUUUCUUAACGCAACUGGACCCGAGAUAUAGGAAGCUACUGGAGGAGAAAGACCCCAAGGCCAUGGUGCUGCUGGCAUGGUGGUAUACCAAAGCAGCGGCACACAGCUCGUGGUGGAUGCAGAGAAGAUCGGUAGUCGAGGGGCUGGCAGUCUGUAUCUAUCUGGAGAGGAAUUGUGGGCAUGUAGCAGUUAUUCAGGAGUUGGUCAAGUUUCCAAGGCGGGUAUUCGAUGCCUGUCGUGGCAAUGGAGGUUCAAUGCCCUCGCAAGACAGACAACCUUUGAUAGCAGGUAUUCAGGUAUACUAGUAGCCGAUUCACAAGACAAUAUU